UGGUGAGAGAAUGGAGGUUACACCCUUUAAUAGUGGCUCAGAUUUGGGAUCUAUUUGGCAAGGCGCAAAUAGAUCUUUUUGCUUCCAGGGUAAAUACUCACUGCCCCCUGUUCUUCUCCAUAAUCGACCACGAUGCACCCUUGGGCUUGGACGCGCUAGCGCACCAAUGGCCAGACGUGCUCCUGUAUGCAUUUCCCCCAGUGGAAAUGAUAUCUCCAGUUCUAGAGAGAGUGCGUCGGCAUUCCCUCUCUCUGAUUCUAGUGGCCCCUUGGUGGCCCACAAGGUCGUGGUAUGCAGAGAUAAUCAGCCUGCUAGCAGCGAGUCCUUGGCAGCUUCCUCUCCGCAGGGAUCGCCUCUCUCAGGCGGGAGGAGAAGUGUUUCAUCCGCGCCCAGAUCUGUGGCGCCUUCAUGCUUACCUGCUGAGAGGCUAAACUUGAUUGCUAAGGGUUUGCCACCCAGUGUGAUAGCGACAAUCCAGAGCGCUAGGGCCUCAUCUACUAGAGGCUUGUACGCUUACAAAUGGCGAGCCUUCGAGCAAUGGUGCCAUGACCACCACACUCUCCCAUUUCAGUGCUCUAUUGUGGAUGUUUUGACAUUCCUGCAGGAGCUGCUGGAUAAGGGCCUUUCAUUUUCGACAAUUAAGGUUUAUUUAGCAGCUAUAUCUGCUUGUCAUAUUGGCUUUGACGGGGUGACACCAGGUGCACAUCCCCUCGCCAUACGUUUUCUGAAAGGGGUUCGCCGGCUGAGACCCGUGCUUAAGUCCAGUGUCCCUGCUUGGGACUUGUCUUUGGUGCUGGAGGCCCUUUGUAGCCCCCCGUUUGAACCCAUCGAGUCUGUGGAUAUGAAAUUUCUUUCAUAUAAGACUGCAUUACUUCUCGCUUUGGCUUCGGCAAAGCGAGUGGGUGACCUUCAUGCGCUGUCCGUGCAUCCCGCCUGCACACAGUUUUCUCCUGAUGGCCACAAGGUCGUAUUGCGUCCAAAUGCUGCCUAUUUUCCCAAGAUCAUGCCUGCAUCUUAUAGCUCAAUGGAGUUUGAGUUGCUGAGCUUUUGCUCCCCUCCUUUUGCAUCUGAGGAGCAGAGGAGGAUGCAUUCUCUUUGUCCAGUGCGUGUGCUACGCACCUACAUUGAGCACACUCAGAAUGUGCGUUUAUGUGACCAGCUGUUUGUCUGCUUCGCCAAUCCAAAUAGAGGUAGAGCUCUGUCCAAACAGAGGCUGUCCCACUGGAUUAUAGAAGCUAUCUCACUGGCAUACGGCACCAGAGGUCUUGCUUUGCCCCACGGGGUGAGAGCUCAUUCCACCAGGGGGAUGGCAACCUCAUGGGCUCUUUUUAAAGGGGUGCCUGUAGCUGAUAUUUGUGCGGCAGCUAGUUGGGCAUCACCGCACACUUUUGUGCAGUUUUAUCGGUUGGACGUUACAGCCCCUUCGGUGGCUCAUACUGUCCUUUCUGCUGGGUCUACCACUCACUAAGGAAGUGGUGGCCCGAUUCCGGUUCGGUGGCUGCUCUGUGGGGCGUGUAUAUAUGUCCCAUACUUAUGUGUUGUACCGAGUGAAUCGACUGAAAGGGAACGAAUAGUUAUGUCUAUAACUUCUGUUCCCUGAAGGAGAGGAACGAGGUACAACACAAGGUGGCCCCACUGAGCAGUUUGGCUCGGUGAAGAGUGGCUAUCGAACUGAGGGAUGACCGUGAUGACAGCGGCUAUAUGUGCAGGCGGGGCCGUGCACGUGUCAUCACACGUCAUCUGCCUUAAAGGCGUGAAUAAAGGUUUCUUCAGCCAGGACACGCGAGGGUGUGAUAUCCCAUACUUAUGUGUUGUACCUCGUUCCUCUCCUUCAGGGAACAGAAGUUAUAGACAUAACUAUUCGUUUAUCCACAUGUGCAAAUCACCAGAAAAAAAGCUGCUGGACUCUUAACAAUGACUUGAGCUAGGUAAGCUAACAGGAGACAGACACACCCGUAAGACAGAGACAGUUACACUUUCCUAUGAGUAUAAAACAAGCUGAAGCUUUGAGGAGAGAAGUUCAAACAGCAGUAAAUCCAUGAGAUGAAAUUCCAGUUAAAAGGGCAAGUGGAGUUGAGCACACUGAGGACUUCCUCCAAAAUACAAGGCAAUCACACACAAAUACAUACUAGACAUUUAGACUUAAAUAUUGCUACCCUAACUAAAGAAUUUGGUGAUGAAAGGAGAAAAAACGCAUGUCCUUAAGUACUGUAGAAAAUGAGGUGAGGACACUCAGAUGUAAUAAAACUGCAGCUCCUGACCAUGCCUGCUGGAAACCUCAGUCAUACGAACACCUGAGACCUGGAGAGAAAUCAAAAUUCAAACGCCAGGGACCAAGAGCAACGAAAGCAAAAGGAGAGGGGAUGGGUACAAGGCCAUAGGGAGCCAUGACAAGUGUUAUAUUUUUUUCAUUGAGCUAUGUUGUUUGUCAUACUUUGGCUGCAACACAAACAUAGCAAUUUUAUUUUGACCUAAAUAAAGCACAUCUAAUUGUAAUACAUUGCAUGGACAAAGAACUCUACUCAAAGUUCAUACAAAGCGAUUUAUGCUCCUGUGAUCCUGUAUGAUCACAUGCUAAACUUUUAUGGCUUAAAACUUUCAAAGUACAGAUUAUAAAGUUUUAGAAGAGGGACAAGCUGCUUCCAAAGUUCAAACUGUGCUUUUUCCUGCACACGGCCUGGUAUCGGCUCCAUUCUACAGGCAAUCAUUGUUGCUGAGAGGUGAAAUGGCACAGAGAGGAAAUCAGCAGGAUUCAAAAAAAUUAUCUUGUUCACUCUGUUUGGAUCUACUAAAGGAUCCAGUAACUAUUCCCUGUGGACACAACUACUGCAUGAACUGUAUUAAAGGUUUCUGGGAUGAAGAGGAGAAAAACAAAAAAAUCCACAGCUGCCAUCAGUGCAGGAAAGCUUUCAUACCAAAGCCUGUGCUGCAGAAAAAUACCUUGUUAGCAGAGUUGGUGGAGGAUCUGAAGAAAAAGAAGACUAGACUCCAAGCUGCUCCAGCUGAUCACUGGUUUGCUGGACCUGAAGAUGUGGCCUGUGAUGUCUGCACUGGGAGGAAGAUGAAAGCCAUCAAGUCCUGUCUAGUUUGUUUAGUUUCUUACUGUGAGAAACACCUCCAACCUCACUAUGAUGCAGCUCCAUUAAAGAAACACAAGCUGGUGGCCCCCUCCAAGAAGCUCCAGGAGAACAUCUGCUCUCGUCAUGAUGAGGUGAUGAAGAUUUUCUGUCGUACUGAUCAGCAGAGUAUCUGUUAUCUCUGCUUGAUGGAUGAACAUAAAGGCCAUGAAACAGUCCCAGCUGCAGCAGAAAGGACUGAGAAGCAGAAGGAGCUCGAGGUGAGACGACUAAACAUCCAGCAGAGAAUCCAGGAGCGAGAGAAAGAUGUGAAGCUGCUUCAACAGGAGGUGGAGGCCGUCAAUGGCUCUGCUGAUAAAGCAGUGGAGGACAGUGAGAAGAUGUUCACUGAGCUGAUCCGUCUCAUCCAGGAAAAAAGAUCCGAUAUGAAGAAGAAGGUCAGAUCCCGGCAGAAAACUGAAGUGAGUCGAGUCAAAGAGCUUCGGGAGAAGCUGGAGCAGGAGAUCGCUGAGCUGAAGAGGAAAGACGGCGAGCUGGAGCAACUCUCACACACAGAGGAUCACAACCAGUUUCUACACAACUACCCCUCAGAUGUGACAGCAGCUGUGUCAAAGACCAGAGAUAAACUACAGGACAUUCUGAGAGAGGAAUGGACAAACAUCUCACGGGUGGUGACUAUGGUGGAUGUUUUAUUGUCACAACUACAACCAGAGCCAAAGACCAGAGAUGAAUUCUUAAAAUAUUCAUGUGCAAUCACACUGGAUCCAAACACAGCAAACACACAUCUGUUAUUAUCUGAGAGGAACAGAAAAGCAACAUUUAAGGAACAACAGCAGCCUUAUUCUGAUCAUCCAGACAGAUUUCUUCCUUGUUGGCAGGUCCUGAGUAAAGAGAGUCUGACGCGACGUUGUUACUGGGAGGUGAAGUGGAGAGGAAAAGUUUAUGUAGCAGUUUCAUACAAGAAUAUCAGCAGAGUAGGGAGGCUAAAUGAUUGUGUAUUUGGAUUAAAUGAUAAAUCUUGGGCAUUAAGUUGUGAUAGCAAGAGUUAUAAAUUUUUCUACAACAAAGUCCAAACUGAGCUCUCAGUUCCUGAGGCUUCCACAUUAGGAGUAUACUUGGAUAAUAGUGCAGGUAUUCUGUCUUUCUACAGUGUUUCUGAAACCACUGUGAUUCUACUCCAUAGAGUCCAGACCACAUUCACUCAGCCACUCUACGCUGGACUUAUGCUUUUUGAGCGAGGAGACACUGCAGAGUUCCUUAAAUUGAAAUAGGCAGAGUGGGUAUAUAUAGUGGGUUUAUAUUAGAACUUCUGAAGUUCUCUAGAGAUGUGCUGCUGUAAAUAAACGUGUAGCUACAUUUCUUGCAUAAGUAUAAACCUUAAUUUGUUAUUAUGGUCAAGAAUUAUUAGUUUAAAUUAUACUUCUACUCAUAUUCAGCAUGCUUGAUCAGUCUUGAAUUAAUUAAAUGUAGCAAUACACUGGAGUUUGAUUGGUUUGUUUUUAGUAAGUUGAAUACCUUUGGAUAUUAUUAAAUAUCUUUUAUUAUGAUUCUGAAGAGAGAUUUCGAUUAGACUUGAUCAUUUAUACAUCAAACUAUGGUAACAAAAUGAUACAGGAAAUGCAUGCUUUACUCACCACACUCCACCAAUCUAAUGGUUGUUUUGGUUUAUCUGCUGGAUGUUUCGGGAAGUUUAAUGUCCCUUAAUUUGUUUAUGUUCUAUAAAAGUGGUGUACUUUGGACAGUUUCUUCACCUGAUAUAAAUAACUCCUGU